ACCAUUUAAGAAGCCAGUAUAACUAUCAUUGCAAUUAUUUAACAAAAAUGAGAGUGAUUUAUGUGUUACUCCUGUGUACUAUUCUUAAUGUUUUGGCAACUAAAGAUUUAGAUUUCUUUCGAUCGGAGCUUGAAAAUACAAACAUACUCAUUGGCGCACAUAUUAACGCAAAGACCAUGUGGGACAUGAUACAUUUUUUUGUUGAACAAGAUAACAUCUCAAUGGAGCAAUUGAUUUUUAUGUUUGCAAUACCUGAACGAGAUCAUGAUCCAGACACACAAACGCAGCUCUUAUCCGAGAUUCAACUGCAAAAAAUAUUAUUCGAAACUUCAGGCUUGGAUGCCCGUGAGGUUGAAGCUGGUGUUACCUGUCUAAUAAGUGUGAAAGAUCUUGGAAAAUACAGAAGACAUAUAUUAAAACCACAUUUAAGAAAUUUACUAAUCUAUAUUAUAAAAAACCUGAAUACCUACAACAAGGGUUUUGAACACACAUGUCGACUCUUAGGAUUGUUCAUGAGUAUGGAAACUAAAGUACCAUACGCAACAAGUGCUGAUGUUACACCCCCGCCCGACAGCACUUGUGUCAUACGUCAUGGAAGUGUUGUCUUGCAGUCAUUCAAACAAUUUAUCCAUUUUAUACGUUUUGUAAACAACGAAAACCAUGGUGAAAAAGGGCAGAGCAUAUUGGCAUUUCUACAAAAUUAUUAGUAUAUUAGCACACUAAUUACAAUAAUUUGUAUUGGCUUAAUAUACAGGCCAUUUAGGUCCUUUUUCGAGACCACUACUCCUCUCCAUCCAUCCCAUCCGUCGACAUUGCUUCACCGUUAUUUAAUAUUAGUAAUUUUAAUUCCUUACUUUUUUCUUAAUACAGAAGAUGAAACUUCCUUAGUUAUGGCUCUCCCAUACAAAUAUUUUAAUUAGUCCAUAAAAUAAUGUUAUUUCUAGAUAGGUAAAUAAGCA